UACUCCGUCCCUCUCUCUAUUAUUGCUCUCAAACUAAACCACCAUGGGGAGUUGAGGGCAAGGCGACGGGAUAUUUCUUCUCAAUGCUUUAGUAUCUGAAAGCGAUCCUCAUGCCGCGUUUUGGAGCACCGUGUUCACGCCAGUAUCCCCGAUGCAGCGGACCGAGGGGAACGGGCUUCCAGAAACGGGUGAAUUCUUUUCCAGCAAAAUCGCAGCCAGAGGGGAAGGUCUGACCUCCUUCUUCUGCAAUCAGAGACAUGAGCGUUGUCAGAGAAUUACAUGGGAUUGGGUACAGAGGCGGUGGAGGCGUCGUGGCUUCUAUGAAUGGCCCAACGCACUUCACCGAAGAUGCCCCUCGGCCUCCUGUUCCUGGCGAGGAGGGGACUGAUCUGGACCCUCCGAUCCAGUCGGUCAACAGCCGUCCAAGCGCCCUUUCCCAAACCCAAGGAUAUCCCUCGUCUAAAAUGGGAGACCCGUCGAUUUACACGCCCUCCUCCUCGUCUGCGACCCCACGUCGCCCUGACCUGGACCUGGGCUACGAACCUGAGGGCUCGGCGUCUCCAACUCCCCCCUACCUGAAGUGGGCCGAGUCUCUACACUCUCUCCUGGAUGAUCAGGAAGGCACCCAGCUGUUCAGAAGCUUCCUAUGCCAGGAAGGUUGUGAAGACCUUGUAGACUUUUGGUUUGCAUGCUCAGGAUUCAGGCAAACCAGCCAGGAGAAAAGGGCAAAGUUGGCCAAGGUGAUCUACAGGAAAUACAUUGUGGAUGGAAGCGGUAUUGUCUCCAGGACGAUCAAAGCAGCUACCAAGAGCUUCAUCAGAGACUGCGUGGGAAAGCCUCACCUAGACCCUGCCAUGUUCGAACAGGCUAAGACAGAGAUCCAAGCCAUGAUGGAGGAAAACACCUACCCUUUGUUCCUUAAAUCUGAUCUGUACCUGGAGUACACACGGACAGGAGGAGAGAGCCCCAAGCCUAAUCCCAGUGAUCAGAGUCCCUCAUCAGGCCCAGCCAAGCCCCUGCCUGGCUACCUGCCAACUCUGGAUGAGGGUGUGGUGUGGAGGGGUGGCAGUGGAGAUCGAGAGGAUGAUGAAGAGAAAGAUGAAGAUUGUGGCGAUACUCCUGUCAAUAGACUGACCCAAAGUCUGCUGAUGCAGACGGCGCCACAGAGAGCAUCGUCCAGCAGGAGGAGGCAGGACAGCAGGGAGUACAGACCGUGGAGAGAGCCGGUAAACCCUUAUUACGCAAACAUGGGCUACGCCCGGGCUCCAGCAACCAGCGCCAAUGACAGUGAGCAGCAGAGCAUGUCCAGCGAUGCAGACACGAUGUCCUUGACCGACAGCAGUGUAGAUGGUAUUCCUCCGUACAGAUAUCGAAAGCAGCAUCGGAAAGAGAUGCAAGAAAGUGCCAAAGCCAAUGGCCGUGUGCCCCUACCUCAUAUACCUCGUGCGUAUCAAAUACCAAAGGACAUCCACGUAAAGCCAGAGAUGUUUGCAGCAGAGCUCAUCAACAGGCUGGAGGCUGUUCUCAGAGAAAGAGAGGCCCAAGAAAGGCUUGAAGAACGGUUGAAGAGAGUACGACUGGAAGAAGAAGGGGAUGAUGCUGACGUCUCCGUGACAACCUCCAUGUCCUCUCACAGUAUACCACUCUCCCUCCCCUCAUCGUUUCCUCCUCUCUACGGUGCCCGUUAUUCAGAGACCACUGCCAACACAGGAACAGCCGCCACUUACGGCGGCCUGGUUGCCAUGGAGGACCCUCACGAAGAUGACCCAGAGUCUAUUUUAGAUGAGCACGUGCAGCGGGUGAUGAAGACGCCGGUCUGCCAGUCACCAGGGGCUACCAACAGCAGCUUAGGAGGAGGAGGACGACACACUCCCCCCAAGUCAUCCCGCUCACCAGACGGUGGAAUCGGGCCACCUCACUACCCCUCGCACAGAGGCGGGGGGCACAGUCUGCCAGCUGUGGGGGCUAAAGGCGUUUACCAUCAUAAGCAGGUAUACCACCACAGAGGAAGAGAUGGUCAGGAGGAGGUGGGAAGUCGGCCUCUGCCCAACUUCCUCUGGAACGGAGACCAAGCCAACCAAUACGCAGGUCGGAGGAAUUACGCAGACGGAGCUGGAGCCAGCACUCUUGAGGGCAUUGGUUACAGUAGCAAAGGCAGCACAAUGUCCCGACGGGGUAAUAAGAAGACAGAAACAUCGAGCAAAGGUGACGAUAGUGGGCGUGGCCUGGAAACCCAGGCGUAUCCAGGUACUCAGGUGGAGGAUCUGGAGAGAAACCAGAAGAUUCUGCAGUGGAUGAUGGAUGGAGACAGGCAAAGGAAGAGUUCUCAUGGUGGCAGCACCAGCAGUUCCAGGAGAACAGGAACCAGCACCGACUCUCCACGUCCGACUUCUGUUGAGCGACCUGGAGCUGUGCACCCCUGGGUCUCCGCUCAACUGCGUAACAACUCCUCCUCAGUGUCGGCAGCGAUCCCCGGCUCAUCAUCCACUCAGGUUCAGCCGUCACAUCCUUUCAUCCAGGACCCGGCUAUGCCACCCAACCCUGCUCCCAACCCCCUCACGCAGCUGGAGGAGGCUAGAAGGAGGCUGGAGGAGGAGAGGAGAAGGGCUGCUCUACUACAGGCCAAGCAGAAACACAAGUCUGGGAAGCGUCAGGUGUGCGAGAACAUGACCGUAGCGUACUACUUCUGUGGAGAGCCGAUCCCAUACCGGACAUCGGUGAAGGGCCGUGUGGUGACUCUGGGCCAGUUUAAAGAGCUGCUUACCAAAAAGGGCCACUACAGGUUCUACUUUAAGAAAGUAAGUGAUGAAUUCGACUGUGGGGUUGUGUUCGAGGAGGUCCGCGACGAUGAUGCGAUUCUGCCCAUCUUUGAGGAGAAGAUUGUUGGGAAGGUGGAGAAGGUCGAUUGAAAGUCAGGAACAGAAAACGGAAGAGAAGAGUUUGCAACAAGGAGAUACAAGGAAAACUUUCAGGUUGGAGAAAUGGAAUGACCUGCGAGGAGUCGAGAAAUAUCUGCAAGUAGAAGGACGGAGGAGCGGUGCGUCAGAUGGGAGAAAAAGGCUGCAUUGGAGAACGAUAGGUUUUUCGUGGAUAAAUAAAUACCUGCCUGGAAUCAAAACAUAAAGGAAAAAAAAGCUCGGUCAGAUGAUGCUGGAAUGGAAGAAAGAACAAAAUAUUUUCCCUGUGCUGUUCUCAACGGAUCAACAAGGAGUGUUGUAAAAUAUGUCUGAGCAGUCUUUUUCUGCAACGAAUGGAAGGGGUUGAGGGGACUUCUGGAAGAAAGGAGGAUACGAGUAGUCUUCCACUUCUGCUCUGGAGGAGGCUGUCCUCUUCAGACCAUUACAAUGCUGCUACAUUACCACAGAACACUUCAUACGGUGCUCGGGACAGUGAAGACGGCAGGUUCCUUCCUUUCAGUAUCCGAGCCGCCUCUCGCUGUCUCUGUUCCUCAUCAGCUGGGGACCGGUGGGAGAGGUCGGAUAAAAGCUGGGAACCUUUUAUUUUUUAUUUUUUUGCCUGCUUCUCGUUUUGUUGCCUUUAUAGCCUCAGAACAGAGAGACGUACUCACCGUCACACGGCCCAAUGUGCUACACACUGAUCUCUCACAUCCUUUUGUUCAGACGACAGUUCUCUUCGUAACUUGUUUACCAAAGCUACAUAUUUUUGAUAGGACAAGUAUUCUAGCUACUUGUUUUCAUUUCAUUUGAUUUGUAUAUGAACAAGGCAGGUACUAUUACUUAUUUACUGCAUUUUUUUGUCAUAUCUCACUUUAUCUUGUAUUCUUGUGUAUGAUUUAAAAAUGGCUCAUCGGUCACGUCGAAGCGUCACGUUGAGUUUCUCAUCUCUAAACACCCCCCCCUCCUUUAUGCUCACACAAACAGUAGGUCAGAUUCUCUCUUUUUUUUUUUCACUAUGGUGAUUCACAAACUAAUUUGUAUUCCCCCUCCCUUUUAGAAAUGCCUCUGCAUGUUUUCCCUGCUCACCAGUUAGUCAUCCAGUGUUUGCACUCUAUCACAGCUGAACAGCACCUGUUGUGUGUGAGGUAUGUUAUGGUGAACAGGUAGCAGGCAUCCUCAGUCUAUUUAGGUCCUUAAAUUCUGGUUCCUGAGAAAGUUUGCAGAGUUCUACUCAUUACUGUGUUUACAGGUCUUCACAUGAAGCUGCCUUUUAUUUAUCCACUCACCACUGGGCUGUUUCUAGGUGCCUGCCUGGUCAGUGCCGAUGCUCUCAUAAAAAGCUUAUUUUCAUCCUAUUCAAGGUUAUUUUUGACUUGUUUGUAAACUCUGCCAAAGAACAUGCCCUAUGAGCCUAUAUUAGUGUCCAAUAAUAAUCUUUCUUUUGCAAUGAGCUUAAGGGAAUGCUGACCUAAAACAAUGGCCUUCUAAUAAUUAACUUGAAUCAGAGAUGCACCAAUCAGUUAUUGGGAUUUGUUUCAACCUCUAAUAUUUGUCAUUUUUAAAUUUGAUCUGCCAUAAUUGAUUUUAACCAAUUCGGACCUCUCUUUAAAACAUUUAUUUACAAGUUUUCCGUUUUCUUCUUUUUUUUUUUAUUUUUAUGAGCAGUCAUUUAUUAUUUUUGCUGAAGUGUACAGAUGUUUCCGCUGUGUGUGUGUGUGUGUGAAAGUAUGACGUCCAAAUAAGAUAGUCUUACUUUUUAAUGCAUGGCACACGAUCAGAGAGAAAUGGUGUUAGCUUGCUUUAUUAAGGAUAAGCUGGUUCCUGCUCAGCCCGGGGGUCUGCAACCUGUGGCACCUUAAACCCUCUGCUCUGGUAAUUAAUAAUUUGUCCUGUAUUACUAGUUUUAGCUAUUAUUCCUGGAUGAUUUUCCUCUGAAGUUUCUAGUUAUAGGUAAUAAACUGUCUUUUGGUGCUUUUGUGGCUCUUAAAAGUUUCUUUAUCUGGAGCCAAGGCAGUAAUGACUGGUAGGGUUGUAAAGGUUGCUGACCCCUUGUCUAGGCUUGUAAACCUUUAUGCUUACCGCCUCUUUGAGUUCUCACUGACGCACUUUGGCGCCGGUGAACUGUUUCCGACGUAGCAUCAAAUGUUGGAUGAGGAUAAGGCAGGCUUUGUCAGACUACCAGCCGGUUAAAACCUUCCUGAGGGCCAUUUUUAAUGUAGUUUUCUUUUGGAUUUGAGUAAUUUAAGAUUAAGGCCGGGCUUUAAAAUCAUCCGAUUUCUGUAGUUCAACUGAAUCUAACAUUUACUGGAUGAGAUGCUAUAUGUGACUCAGGUUGUGGAAACCCAAACUUUUUAAUUAAAACAAAUCAAAUUUCUAAAAUGCUGCUGACAUUUCCAGAUCAUUUCCACAUGCAGGUUGGAAGCACAAAAAGCAAAUACAUGGCGACUGUGCUUUGGUAUGUUUAACCUUCUUGUUAGCUGCUAUAAUCUCACUCCCCAUUUAAUAUAAAACGCUUAAGAUGUUCUCUCCAUUUAUUACCCCGAAUAGAAAUUAGUUUGUGUUGAGUUUUCCUCGCUGUACUACUUUUCCUGAAGGGUGUUGCUGUCGGUGUUUAACCGCUGGGCUUGGAUGUGGUGAAUUCAUAUAUUUUAGACCCAGUCAAGCU